AUGACUAGUACUAUAGCGAUUACUAACUUUUGUCCAGGAAUUAGCAUGGUGAGGAAGAUAAUGGUUACUAAUUUUUGGCCAGGAAUUAGCAUGACCAGGAAGAUAAUGGUUACUAAUUUUUGGCUAGGAAUUAGCAUGGUGAGGAAGAUAAUGGUUACUAAUUUUUGGCUAGGAAUUAGCAUGGUCAGGAAGAUAAUGGUUACUAAUUUUUGGCUAGGAAUUAGCAUGACCAGGAAGAUAAUGGUUACUAAUUUUUGGCUAGAAAUUAGCAUGGCGAGGAAGAUAAUGGUUACUAAUUUUUGGCUAGGAAUUAGCAUGACCAGGAAGAUAAUGGUUACUAAUUUUUGGCUAGGAAUUAGCAUGGUGAGGAAGAUAAUGGUUACUAAUUUUUGGCUAGGAAUUAGCAUGACCAGGAAGAUAAUGGUUACUAAUUUUUGGCUAGGAAUUAGCAUGACCAGGAAGAUAAUGGUUACUAAUUUUUGGCUAGGAAUUAGCAUGGUGAGUAAGAUAAUGGUUACUAAUUUUUGGCUAGGAAUUAGCAUGACCAGGAAGAUAAUGGUUACUAAUUUUUGGCUAGGAAUUAGCAUGACCAGGAAGAUAAUGGUUACUAAUUUUUGGCUAGGAAUUAGCAUGACCAGGAAGAUAAUGGUUACUAAUUUUUGGCUAGGAAUUAGCAUGGCGAGGAAGAUAAUGGUUACUAAUUUUUGGCUAGGAUUUAGCAUGACCAGGAAGAUAAUGGUUACUAAUUUUUGGCUAGGAAUUAGCAUGACCGGGAAGAUAAUGGUUACUAAUUUUUGGCUAGGAAUUAGCAUGACCAGGAAGAUAAUGGUUACUAAUUUUUGGCCAGGAAUUAGCAUGACCAGGAAGACAAUGAUUACUAAUUUUUGGCUAGGAAUUAGCAUGGUGAGGAAGAUAAUGGUUACUAAUUUUUGGCUAGGAAUUAGCAUGGUGAGGAAGAUAAUGGUUACUAAUUUUUGGCUAGAAAUUAGCAUGGUGAGGAAGAUAAUGGUUACUAAUUUUUGGCUAGGAAUUUGCAUGACCAGGAAGAUAAUGGUUACUAAUUUUUGGCUAGGAAUUAGCAUGACCAGCAAGAUAAUGGUUACUAAUUUUUGGCUAGGAAUUAGCAUGGCCAGGAAGAUAAUGGUUACUAAUUUUUGGCUAGGAAUUAGCAUGGUGAGGAAGAUAAUGGUUACUAAUUUUUGCCUAGGAAUUAGCAGGGUGAGGAAGAUAAUGGUUACUAAUUUUUGGCUAGAAAUUAGCAUGGUGAGGAAGAUAAUGGUUACUAAUUUUUGGCUAGGAAUUUGCAUGACCAGGAAGAUAAUGGUUACUAAUUUUUGGCUAGGAAUUAGCAUGACCAGCAAGAUAAUGGUUACUAAUUUUUGGCUAGGAAUUAGCAUGGCCAGGAAGAUAAUGGUUACUAAUUUUUGUCUAGGAAUUAGCAUGGUGAGGAAGAUAAUGGUUACUAAUUUUUGCCUAGGAAUUAGCAUGACCACGAAGAUAAUGGUUACUAAUUUUUGGCUAGGAAUUAGCAUGGUGAGGAAGAUAAUGGUUACUAAUUUUUGGCUAGGAAUUAGCAUGGCCAGGAAGAUAAUGGUUACUAAUUUUUGGCUAGGAAUUAGCAUGGCGAGGAAGAUAAUGGUUACUUAUUUUUGGCUAGGAAUUAGCAUGGCGAGGAAGAUAAUGGUUACUAAUUUUUGGCUAGGAAUUAGCAUGGUGAGGAAGAUAAUGGUUACUAAUUUUUGGCUAGGAAUUAGCAUGACCAGGAAGAUAAUGGUUACUAAUUUUUGGCUAGGAAUUAGCAUGGCCAGGAAGAUAAACUUUUGGGCAGGCAUUGAGUUAGGCACCCGCAUUUCUUCUUGAAUUCCCUGAGAAACGUUUCGUCUAUGUUUCCAUGGUAUGCCCCCUCUAAUAUUCAUGAGAGUUCUACAUAGCACUUAGAACUACCAAAACCAAGAUAGAGGGGUGUUGGUUUAUUUUAUUUUAUUUUUUUUUGGGGGGGGGAGGGGGUUGGGGAAAUCAGUUCCCUGUGCUGAUAUUGAUCUUGGGUAACUCCAGGCCGUAGUCAUGGUCAUAUUUUAUUUAUCGUUUUCGAUUAUUUGAUUAAGUACACUUUGUCUUAGUUGUUGUGGGAUUGCAUUUCAGUUGCUAAUCAGAUUUUUUCUAAAUUAAAAUUUAACCCGCUGAUGUAUAAGGGCGUUUUAGGCGAUUACUGAAUGUUUCUGUGUAUAGUAAUAAAACCAAUUACUUAAAAUAAAAUAGUUUGUGAUA